AUGAAGGUGCUUGUCAACUGCCAAGACUUGAAGUUUGAGGUGCAAUGUGGUGCUGGCAAGCAGCACAUGCGUUGGCUGGCAUUGGUCGCUGCCACACGCGUGCAGAGGGAGAAAUAUCCGCACGCCUUUAGGGUGCCUCAAAGAGUCCUGAACUCCGAGGGCAUGACGCUCAAGCCUCGCCAAGUGAUCUGCGCCACCUUGGAGGAUUCUGAGGAGGUCUUCAUCGAACUCAGGCAAGGCGCCGCUAUUGCUGAGGAAGAUGUCGACGCACUCGAGUGGUCAGAAGAAGCAUAUGGCCCUCAAGCCAAUCUGAUGGAGUGCAAGUUCAGGUGGAAGGUUGGUGGCCAGCAAGAUUUUCCAAAGUAUGUACGUGGCGAGUACGUCGUCGCACCUCGUUGGCAGGGAGUGUAUCCCCAGAAGGACUACGGUGGCCCCUUCGAGAUACAGAUCAUCCCCGUGGACAUCACACCCGAUGAGGUCGACUGGAUUGCUUCCAAGAAGGCGCCCCCCGGCAGUUGCACUUACAGGUUUGUCAUGAAGAACGACUAUGAGUCCAUUUGCAAGGCUGACCCGGAAACUUUGACUUCGGAUGGCCUUGCGCACUACAUCGAGUUCCAUUGGGAUGUGCCCAUUGCUCCCGAGCCCUAUCCGGAAAUCGACAGCCGGCCUUCCACGGCGUCUUCCAGAGAUGGAGCGCAAGUCGAUCCCAGGUUUGAGCAGGACUGGGAGGCCUUGCGACUCAAGUGGGUGGAGUCGUUCAUGAAGGUGCGUGUGAAGGAUGUGCUGACGGAGUUCUACGCCAUUCUGAUCGACUUGUUCGACUCCUACGCGUUCAUGGGCUUGGACCUUUCGGCAAGCCAGCACACAAUCGGCAUGGAUGACUGGAAGCACUUGGUCAUCAACUGUGGCUUGCUGGAGGGUCAAGCAGAAGGCUCACUAAGCUGGUCACAGGUCUGCGCAUGGUUUGAGGAAGCAGCAGGUAUCCGGGAUGGAAGGCCGUACUUGGCUCAGAGGCUGACCCGCGCCCAUUUUCUGGAGCUGUUGAUGCGGACCGCCUCCUGGACCAUGUGUGAGCAUCCUCGGGAGAAGUACGCUCCGGAGAAGGGGAGGCCACCCAUGCCCUUGGACGAGGGCCUCUUCCGUUUCAUCACGGACAUACUGAUCCCAGUUAUGGACAUCUACGAUGACGACCCGAUUCGAAAAGAUGCAGUUCAGCAUGAGAAUCUAGUGGUGAUUCAGGAGAACCGACGGUCCAUCCGGUCGAUCUAUGCUUUUUUGGCGCAGCCAUGGCCACACUACCAAGGAGAGCGUGUUUUGGUUCCGGCCACUCUCAAGUAUGUCUUGGAGUUUGCUCACGAGAAGCUGUCAGAAGCAGGUGGUGAGGGCGUCCCCCCACCACCGGCAGAGGGUGAGGCUGCCGAAGCCCCGGGUGCUGUGAAGGCUGUCAGCAUUGACCUGGCCGCCGUCUUCGGUGGAGAGGAGAGCCUCGACCUUGAGCAGCUUCAGGUCAUUCUGGAGAGCUUUGAUUCUCAUGUCAGCAAGAUCACAGCUAAUCACCCAGAAGACUUUGACGAGCGGGCACUUCUUUUUUGGGAGUUCUUUGAGGUGGUCAUGGAUUCCUGCCGUGGUUUGGUGGCCGGGCUGGGCACACCUCUGGAUAAGGCCAUUCCCGCAUACGUGCAGACAGUGCUAGCCUUCAUGGGACUGGUCGAUAGAGAGGAAGCAGCCUUGCCUCCACCACCAGUCCAUGGCAUGGAGGUGGCAGAUGAUGAAGCUUUAGCCGACAUAGAAGACGAGUGA